AUGACAUCUUGGACUCAGACACACCCCUUUAUGGUGACGUCUUGGUCUCCAGAUAAGCAAGACGUUCUUGAGCUAUUCAUCCAGUCCCGGCGAGGCAUUACGGAAACUAUGCGUGCUCGUGCAGCCUGGGAGGGUUUUGCCUCACUGACUGCAUUUGUCAGUGGACCAUAUGGCAUCAGCCACGCCAUUGAUCGGUUUGAAUGUGUGGUAGUGGUCGCGACCGAUUUUGGUAUAGCCGGGGUGAUAUCCUACAUGAAAGCCAUUCUUUAUGGAUAUAACACAUCUACGUCACAUGUUCGCCGAGUGCAUUUCGUUUGGCAAGUUCAAACGUUAGACAUUGCAGUGGCAGCCCAGCCACUUCUUAAUGGUUUGUUAAGUGAUGACGUGUUGGACGAUGGUUACAUCCUUGAGAUGUCUUUCUAUGUCGUAUCGAAUCAGAUGAUAGAACAUGGAAAGCCGUUCGGACAGCACCAAAGAGCAAGAGUCUUUAAUGGCAGCCCACCAUAUGAGAAAAUAAUUUCAGAGGAGGUAUCCGGCCAACAUAUAAAAAGGCUGGCAAUUACGCAUAAUGAACGCGGUGAAAUCCUAGUGAUGAGUAAGUCUCUUGCCCCAAACGCUGAGCAGAAACUUACUCUUUAG